GAUGCAGUGAAGAUCAUGGCGAAGGACCUGGUGAGGACGCGGCGCUACGUGAAAAAGUUCAUCACCAUGAGGGCCAACGUCCAGGCCGUGUCCCUCAAAAUCCAGACCCUCAAAUCCAACAACUCCAUGGCCCAGGCCAUGAAAGGGGUCACCAAAGCCAUGGCCACCAUGAACCGGCAGCUGAAGCUGCCACAGAUCCAGAAGAUCAUGAUGGAGUUUGAGAAGCAGGCGGAGAUCAUGGACAUGAAGGAGGAGCUGAUGAACGACGCCAUCGAUGACGCCAUGGGGGCUGAGGACGACGAGGAGGAGAG